CGGCUUUACCGCGAGAUGCACGACCGGCUUUUCGAACACCAGAAGCACGGCGUCGCGUUCUUGUACCGCCUCUACCGUGAAGGGCGCAAGGGGGGCAUUUUAGCUGACGACAUGGGUUUGGGGAAGACCAUCCAGAUCAUCGCUUUUCUUUCGGGGAUGUUCGACGCCCAACUGGUCCAUUCUGUCUUGUUGGUGAUGCCUGUCACGCUGGUGAAUAACUGGAAGCAAGAGUUUGCCAAGUGGGCGCCGGGAAUCCGCGUGAAGGUUUUCCACGGGACGAGCAAGAAAGAACGCAGGCAACAUUUGCACCAGAUCCAAACCGGAAAGGGAGUCCUUUUGACUUCCUACCAGAUGAUCCUGGCCAACUGGGAACAGCUGUCCAGCUGUGACCAGCAAGCCUUCGUCUGGGACUACCUGAUUUUAGAUGAAGCUCAUAAAAUUAAGAGCCCCUCGGCGAAGACCACGAAAGCCCUCGGCGCCAUCCCGGCGAGGAACCGCGUCCUCCUCACGGGGACCCCCGUACAGAAUAACCUGCAAGAGUUGUGGUCUCUGUUUGAUUUUGCCUGUCAGGGCAGCCUCCUUGGCACAGCCAAAACGUUCAAGAUGGAGUACGAGAACCCAAUCACCAGAGCGAGGGAGAAGGACGCGACCUUGGGGGAGAAAGCUCUGGGCCUCAAGAUCGCGGAGAACUUGAUGUCCCUCAUACAGCCUCAUUUCUUGAGGAGAAGUAAGGACGAAAUCCAGAAGCUGAGAUCGGACCAACCAAUGGGAUCGCCCUGUCCGAAUACCCUUGAAGUCCCUUCUCUUCCGAGAAAAAAUGACUUUAUUGUCUGGGUCUACUUAUCACGCAUACAGGAAGAAAUCUACAGGAACUUCCUUUCCUUGGAUCACAUUAAAGAAGUUCUGAUGACCACGCGUUCUCCGUUGGCAGAGCUGACCCUCCUGAAGAAACUCUGCGACCACCCCCGGCUGUUGUCUUCUCAAGCUUGUCUCCAGCUUGGUUUGGAAAACCCAAGCCAAGAGGACGGAGAAGACUCGGUGGGCCUGACGCAGGAGAUCCAAAAUGUAUCUGAGAAGGUUCUGAUUCAAGAAUCCGGGAAGUUGACGUUCCUCAUUGCCUUGUUGGAGAAGCUUCGGGAAGAAGGCCACAAAACUCUAGUGUUUUCCUUGUCGAGGAAAAUGUUGGACAUCAUUGAAGGCAUCCUGACUCAACGGCACAUCAAGUUCAUGCGCAUCGAUGGCACCGUCACGUGUUUGUUGGAGCGCGAGAAGAGGGUGAGGGACUUCCAGAAGGACCGAAGCUACUCAGUCUUCCUCCUGACCACACAAGUCGGGGGCGUGGGCCUGACUUUGACGGCCGCCACUCGAGUGGUGAUCUUCGAUCCGAGUUGGAAUCCGGCCACGGACAUGCAAGCCGUAGACCGCAUUUAUAGGAUCGGGCAAAAGGAGAACGUCGUGAUCUACCGUCUGAUCACGUGUGGGACGGUUGAGGAGAAAAUCUACCGGCGUCAGGUCUUCAAGGACUCGCUAAUCAGGCAAAGCACGGGAGAUAAGAAGAACCCCUAUCGCUAUUUUACCAAGCAGGAGUUGAGGGAGCUCUUUGUUCUGACCGACACGAGUCAGUCGUUGACUCAACUUCAACUGCAGUCCUUGCAUGGAACCCAAAGGAACUCAGAUGCCAUCUUAGACGAACACAUCGCCUACCUCUACUCCUUGGAGAUGUUUGGCAUCUCUGAUCAUGAUCUGAUGUAUACGUCUGAAACGAGUCAUGAGGAAGCUGACGAUGACGAGGCCCACCAGUACAUUCAGGACCGUGUCCACAAAGCUCAGGAGAUGGUCCGGUUUGAAUCUCAGCUCAAGGAGACUAAGUAA